AUUGACUAAACCCAGCCACAGUAUUUUAGUCAAGUAUAAUCAGAAAUAGAGUUCAAACGUUCGAUGGUAAUAAUAUUUUAACACACAAUGGAAGGAAGAUUUAAACCUUUAAGAAAAUCGAAAAUUUUGGUUAAUAGAGAAUUGACGAAUUAUUAUAAGAGUAUUUUCAAAUCUUGUGAUAAGAAUGACGACGGAUUUGUUAGCAUUUUGGAAUUGAAAGAAUUUUUGGAAGCACAAGAACGAUCGACUAUUCCAGAUAACGUACUCGAAUGCAUUAUAAAGAAAUUCGAUAGGAAUUGUGAUAUGCAACUGGAUUUUGAGGAAUUUUUGGAAAUGGUGAAUAACAUUACGUUCAUUGAAACGUUUCAGAACGCGACCAACAGAAUCUUGAGGUUUAUACUACUUCCGCAAAAGGAAAGUGCACAUCCUGUUUUGAGGAAAACAGUGACAAGAACAGGAUCAUACGAGAAACAAUUUAAAUUUGGUUUCAACACCACUGGUAUUCUGUUUAUAUCGAUAUUGCAGGUUAUAUUAUUCUAUUCCGAUUCGAAGUGUGAUGAACCAGGGUCGAUUAGGAGAGCUUUAUAUUUCUUACCGUGCAAUAGGUCCACCCUUUAUAGAUAUUUGUCUUAUUUGUUGGUACAUUUGAACCAAACACACCUAUGGGCAAAUGUUAUAUUACAAAUUAUUAUCGGUAUUCCUUUGGAAAUGGUUCACAGCUGGAGAGUUAUUGUGAUAUAUCUAGCAGGAGCGGUUGGGGGUGCAUUGCUUAGCUCCGUAUUCGAAAGAUCUUCUAUUUUUCUAGGAGGCAGUGGAGGUGAUUUCGCUCUAUAUACAGCGCAUAUAUCCGUUGUCCUUAUGAAUUGGCGAGAAAUGAGUCAUCCUGCAGUUCAUCUUAUGAUAUUUGCUAUCUUAGUAAUUAUGGAUAUUAUCAAUGUAUACGUCAAAAUGAUUCGAAACGUGUGCUACUUGUGUCACGUAGGUGGCGCCGUCGUCGGUUUACUACUUGGAAUCGACAUAAUACGAAAUAUUAAUCUUACAAAAAAAGAAAACAUAAUGUGGUACAUAUCUUGCGUAACAUUGUGUUUGUUUUUUUUUACUCUCAUAAUAUUAGACUGUACUCUUGAAUCUUAUAAUUGUUCGGAUUUCGGGAAUACAACUUAUUUAAUGUGUAAUGUAACUUCUGAUAUUUCCAACCAUUAAAUAAGCAAAUGAAUUAAAAUAUAAUAAAUAAAGCAUUGAUACGUU